AUGACCGAUAUCCACUCUGAAAUCAAAGGAUUAAGGAAGGAUAUUCAGAAAGACUUGGAACCAAGGACUGCAAGCUCCACACCAAAUUGGAAGGAGCUAAUCUCCAUCGCUAAAAGUGAGCGGUCAAAAAGCGAGAAGCCCCCCUCACAUAGCGAUUACUUUCGCGAUUCAGCCAGUAUCAUCAAGAACCCAUUAGACAAACCCCUCGACUAUAGAAUUUGCGACGGCUGUGGGAAGCCUGUAAGCCUAAGUGCAAUUGUUGAGCAUCUACAAACGUACUGCAAAGGACUCCCAGAACAUCCAUUGCCAAACAGCGUUAAGGUCGAAGAGCAAGAACAACCCGUUGAUAUGUCAUCGUCAUCAAUCAAGAAAAAAAAUAACCCUUCGAAUUCUAAAAGGUCUACUCCAUUCGGGCAUGAUCCAGAUCCUGAGAGUAGCCCGGCUAUCAAGAAACAACGCAAGACAACUGCAACUCCCGCAUCGUCAAAGGCGAAGAGGCGAAUCAAGCAAAGAAACCCAACUGAAAAGCAUCUUAUUGAUUUUGACAAGCAAUGCGGUGUAGAACUUCCAGAGGGAGGCUAUUGCGGCCGCUCCCUGACCUGUAAAUCACACUCAGUUGGUACUAAGCGUGCCGUCGAAGGGAGAUCAGAACCGUUUGACGUUUUACUGAGUCACUACCAAAAGAAAAACCAGCUGAAGACAGGCAAUAAUACUAAACUUCGUGCGAAACCAGGACAGCAAUCCAAUUCCACAAAUCAAGGUCAUUCAGUACAUAGUGGAGAUGGGUCUAUGUCAACCUUGACUCCUGAGGAAGAGACAACUCAAGUCUUAAAUGGAGUAUCUAGGUCUUUCCCACUCCCAUUGGAGACUAACGUGUUAGCAUCGUCAAGGAGCCGAACCAAAUACUUCAGAAUGCGAGAAAUGUUUGCCUCGUCAUUCUCAGUCCGCCCAGGAUUUAGCGCCCCUGGAUAUGGCGCAAUUCACUCGCGAGUCGGAUGCAUAGAUCUCGACAGAACAACUGACUAUACCUUCCGUAUUCGUACACCUCAACUCAUUAAUCAAAUGAAUCCCAAUAAUCUCACACCCCAGCAGAAGCAAAAGCUUCAGCAACAACGUAUGUUGCAAGCUCAGAUGCUUGCACAGCAGCAACAACAACAACAACAACAACAACAACAACAACAACAACAACAACAACAACAACAACAACAACAACAGCACCAGCAGCAACAGCAACAACAACAACAGCAGCAGCAGCAACUUCAAAAUCAAAGUAGACAGGGUAGUCAAACGCAGCACUUCAAUCCCGUCCCUCAGCAAUAUCAAAAUCACCCACAAUCCCAACAACUUUCGAACGGACUUGUUCAACCGAAAAACUAUACUUCUCUUUCUCAGGGUGAUUUAGAAACAGGUUUAACUCCUCAAGGUAUUCAAAAGCAGCAGCAGAGGUUACGACAACAGCAAGUUCAGCAGCAGCGUUUUGAGGCCGCUGCGUUUCACUUGGCAACAGCAACAAAGCUUAUGCAAAGCGGCCCCAAGCCUCAAAACACAGGCAUGGUUAAUGGCACUGCCUCAAGUGUGGGAUCACCCGUCAAUAUGGCAAGUAACAGCCGUAGCAACAGUAGCCCACUCAAUCAAACCACGGGUCAACAGCUCAAUUCAAGGGUAAGUAACGCUGAAUAUGACAGCGGGGGUGCAAGCUAA